UUGAGCUUUCCUGGCUUUGUGUUAUGGAUCCCGGAGAUUUUUGUUGUUCCUCGUGAAGAGCAGCUCUGGCAACGUUCUCUAAGGAUUGCUUUCCAAAUGUUGUAGCUCUGGAGACCUGAAGAUUAAAUUGAGGCUUUCCUGCAGGGAGGAUUUCCAUGCUACUUGUCAAUAAUGCAUGAGUUUCAAAUUUAAUGGCAGACCUUGAGGUAUAUAAAAAUUUAAGUCCAGAAAAAGUUGAAAGAUGCAUGAGUGUUAUGCAGUCUGGGACUCAGAUGGUUAAGCUGAAGAGUGGAACCAAAGGGCUAGUUCGUCUCUUCUACCUGGAUGAGCACAGGACCUGCAUCCGAUGGAGACCCUCCCGGAAAAGCGAGAAGGCGAAAAUUGUCAUCGAUUCCAUCUACAAAGUGACGGAAGGCCGGCAGUCUGAGAUCUUCCACCGCCACGCAGAGGGGAGCUUUGACCCCAGCUGCUGCUUCACCAUUUACCAUGGCAACCACAUGGAGUCCCUGGAUCUCAUUACCUCGAACCCAGAGGAAGCUCGCACCUGGAUCACAGGUCUGAAGUACUUGAUGGCUGGAAUAAGUGAUGAGGACUCGCUGGCUAAGCGGCAGAGAACACACGAUCAUUGGGUGAAACAGACCUUUGAGGAAGCUGACAAGAAUGGGGAUGGCCUGCUGAAUAUUGAAGAGAUCCACCAGCUGAUGCACAAACUGAACGUUAACCUGCCCCGCAGGAAGGUCCGGCAGAUGUUCCAGGAAGCAGACACAGAUGAGAACCAAGGAACCUUAAAUUUUGAAGAAUUUUCAGUGUUUUACAAGAUGAUGUCCUUACGUCGAGAUCUCUACUUGCUGCUUUUAAGCUACAGUGACAAGAAGGAUCACCUCACUGUUGAAGAACUUGCUCAGUUUCUAAAGGUGGAACAGAAGAUGAACAAUGUGACACCAGAAUAUUGUCUUGACAUCAUACAGAAGUUUGAGGUAUCAGAAGAAAACAAGAGGCAAAAUGUUCUUGGGAUCGAAGGUUUCACCAACUUCAUGCGCAGUCCUGCCUGUGAUGUGUUCAACCCCCUGCACUGUGAGGUGCACCAGGACAUGGAUCAGCCCCUGUGCAACUACUUCAUUGCCUCCUCUCACAACACAUACCUGACAGGAGACCAGCUGCUGUCCCAGUCCAGGGUGGAGAUGUAUGCCCGGGUGCUGCAGGAUGGCUGCCGGUGCAUUGAAGUGGAUUGCUGGGAUGGUCCAGAUGGAGAGCCAGUAGUGCACCAUGGCUAUACUCUUACUUCUAAAAUACUCUUCCGUGAUGUGGCAGAAACUAUCAAUAAAUAUGCCUUCAUCAAAAAUGAGUUUCCAGUGAUACUGUCCAUUGAAAACCACUGCAGUAUCCAGCAGCAAAAGAAGAUUGCUCAGUACUUGAAGGAGAUACUUGGUGACAAACUUGACUUGUCAUCUGUCAUCACUGGAGAUUCCACGCAGCUCCCCAGCCCUCAAAACUUGAAAGGGAAAAUCCUAGUGAAGGGUAAAAAGUUACCAUACAGUCUUGGAGCAGAUGCUGAGGAAGGAGAAGUUUCAGAUGAGGACAGUGCUGAUGAAAUUGAAGACGACUGCAAAUUAAAGCCCUGCUAUAGUAAUGGUGCAACUGAGCACCAGGUGGAAUCUUUUAUAAGAACAAAACUGGAAUCUCUGCUAAAAGAAUCCCAAAUCAGAGACAAAGAGGAUCCUGACAGCUUCACUGUGAGAGCACUGCUAAAGGCAACCCAUGAGGGUUUAAAUCUUAACCUGAAACAGAACCUGGACACAAAAGAAAGCGGGAAAAAGUCACACGGUCGGUCGUUAAUGAGCAACUUUGGUAAACACAAAAAAGCUGUGAAGGCAACAUCCAAAUGCCAUAGUGCAUCAGAUGAUGAAGAAAGCCAGCAAAACUCCUCUGGGAAGGAAACGGGGCAGCUCCACAGCAGACUGGCUCGUCGGAGGAAAACAGUGAAGCUGUGCAGGGCUCUGUCUGACCUCGUGGUGUACACCAACUCCGUGGCAGCCCAGGACAUAGUAGAUGAUGGAUCAACGGGGAACGUGCUGUCCUUCAGUGAGAGCAGAGCCCACCAAGCAGUGCAGCAGAAGGCUGAGCAGUUCAUGCUCUACAACCAGAAGCAGCUGACACGGAUCUACCCGUCAGCCUAUCGGAUUGACUCCAGCAACUUCAAUCCCUUACCUUACUGGAAUGUUGGCUGCCAGUUGGUGGCACUGAACUACCAAUCUGAAGGACGUGUGAUGCAAUUAAAUGAUGCAAAAUUUAGGGUAAAUGGCAACUGUGGUUAUGUCCUCAAACCUCAGCAAAUGUGCAAAGGCACAUUCAACCCCUACUCUGCUGAUCCACUUCCUGCCAGUCCUAAAAAGCAGCUUAUUCUGAAGAUCAUCAGUGGGCAGCAGCUACCUAAGCCUCCUGACUCAAUGUUAGGGGACAGAGGAGAGAUAAUAGAUCCCUUUGUUGAGGUGGAAAUUAUUGGGUUACCUGUUGACUGCUGUAAAGAUCAAACCAGAGUGGUUGACGACAAUGGGUUUAAUCCUGUUUGGGAGGAGACACUCACUUUUACCAUCCACAUGCCUGAAAUAGCUUUGGUGCGUUUUCUUGUUUGGGACCAUGACCCUAUUGGGCGCGAUUUUGUUGGACAAAGGACUCUGGCCUUCAGCAGCAUUGUUCCUGGUUAUCGUCAUGUGUAUCUGGAAGGGCUGACAGAAGCAUCCAUAUUUGUUCACAUAACCAUUAAUGAGAUCUAUGGAAAGUGGAGCCCUUUAAUCCUCAACCCCAGUUACACAAUAUUGCACUUUCUAGGAGCCACAAAGAACAAGCAGCUGAUGGGCCUCAGAGGGUUGUUUAACAAGAACCCCAAGCACAGCCCUGCUGAGAGCAGCGGGCACUACGUACGGAAGCGAUCCAUCGGCGACCGCCUCCUGCGCCGCACGGCCAGCGCGCCGGCCAAGGGUCGGAAGAAAAGUAAGAUGGGCUUUCUGGAGGCUGCUGAGAUGAGGGACAGCGCUUCGGAGCCAGCAGACCUGAGAGACAAAGACGGAGUCGUUAGGCGCUCGAGCCGGAGCUUGCAGGCACGUCCUGUUUCCAUGCCCGUGGACAAAUACCUUCUUGUAGGGCUGCCGUGCCCAGAAGGCGAAAGUGCCCGAGAUGCCAAAGGACAAGAAAACAUAUCUGCCAACAGUGAUGACAAUAUAAAUGGGAAGGAAACUAACUUGAAAGAAUCUGGUUUUCUGUGUUCUGAGAAAACGGCAAAUACUUCAUAUCUGACAUCUCGGUUUGAGAAGGAGAGUGACCAGAAGGAGACUACAGCUCACUCUUUGGUACCACCUCUACAGGAGCAACCUGAACAUUUAUUUUUUGCAAGUGGUGUAGCUGAAACCAAUCAGGAGAACAGUCUUUCUGAUGAAACUGUCCCUGUAGUGCAGGACUCUGAUUUUGAACUUUCCACAGAAAAAACACAUGACAAAAACUGCACCGACAACAAAAAGGAAGAUGGCACAAAAGGGUCUAAGGAGGACAAAAUAGCCCUUCUGGGGACUUCCCUUUCUCAAAAAGUAGAGGUGGGAAAUCACAGCUAUGCCACCCUCAAGAAAAGCCCUGCAGGACCUCUUCCUUUGACAGACACAUCGUCUGUGCUUAGCCCUGACCUCCCUCACGUGCCCUGCGCUUCAGCCGCGCACGACAGUGACAUUUCCCGCCUGAUUGAUGAAGUUUCCUUAGCAAACGAGAGUGAGCUGGACAGUGCUGUCUCAGCUCUGAUCGGGCAGUUGGAUGUCACAGACGACCAACCUGAUCUCACUGUGGUCUCCAGCCUCCAUGGUGCUGGCAGCCAGACCCUCGGGGUGACGGCUGCACACCCACACCUGCUUACUACAGAUCUCAGCAGUCCCUGUAAGCACAUCUUUACAGCCACCCAAGCCACCAAAUCCCCUUUAUUCUCCACUCCAGACACCACCAUGUUCUCCAGCCCUGAGACUACAGAGUAUUCUGUGUACACAAUUAUCCACGAGGCAACUCUUACACCAGCUUCUGAAUGUAAGACCCACAGUGAAUUAGUUUGCAAGAAAAAGUUAAACAGUAUAGAAAAUAAUUUGCCUAUCUGUCCUUGCCCUUCACCCCUCUCUUUGCUAAAUGCAGAUCCCAAAAAAAAAAGUGGAACACGCUGGGAAGCCCCCAAGUCUGCCAGUCCUUUUGCUUCCAAUAGCCUCAUCUUUGAGGAGACUCUUGUUGACCUUCCCACUGGUGAGAAUUCAGAAAGCAGUGGCCUUGUAGAAGUAGAUGGAGAUUCUCCAGAUCUCUUGGUGACUGCGUGCGAGUAUAAAAGGGAAGACAUGAGCCAGUUGGCUUCCCCUUUGAAACUGCGGCCAAAGCAGGACAUUGGGCGUGGUGGUGAGAGGACCUCUGGGAACAGCACAGCUGUUGAGCUCUGUGCUGCUGCCCUGGACUGCUCGGGGAACUUCAGGACUGCAGGGACUCGGCUCCCUUUUCCCAUGUGUGAAAAUGUUGGCUUUUUGUAUCAUCAUCGUUCAGAUGAGCAGACAAAUGUAAUGUGUCCCCCCAAGAGGUCCCAGCUCAACUUACACUCACCGGUGCUCAAAAAUGCUUUGGCCUUCCCACCUCCUCCAGGCAUCAAGCAAACUAGCCCUAGCAAAUCCAAGAGCCUUGGUGACUUGACAUCAGAGGACAUUUCCUGCAACUUUGAAAGUAAGUAUCAAUACAUAAGCAGAGGCUUCAUCUCGUCAGGCAUGAGAGACAAGAAACUGGCCGCGAUGAAGAAUCUGCGGCCACAUUCGACGGAUGCUCUGACGGAGCAGCUGAGGAAGCUGGUGUCCCUGGAGCAGGAGGACAGCUGUGUCACACUCUGCUCCAGGCAGGACCACGAGGACUGCCCCAGGACGCUGGUCAGAAAGCUCUCGUCCCGCAGCCAGAGCCGCGUGCGGAACAUCGCCAGCCGCGCGCGGGAGCGGCAGGAGGCCGCCAGCAAGCACCGGCCGCCCGGCACAGGCAGCCUGGCGGGGGUCGUCCUCCGGAACAAGCCUUCAGCAUCUCCUCACAUCAUCAACAGGCAUUCCACGGGCUCUUACAUCAGCAGGUACCUGAACGGCUUCCCCGGGGGGGACGUGGAGGGCCGAGGAAUCCCGGAGGGCGCCUGUGCCGCUUUGCACUAUGGCUGCGGCGACCGGCUGCACACACACGAGUCGGUCCUGCAGCUGGAGCCCAGCAGUGAUGAUCAGCCUGAAAUUUAUUUCCUGCUGAGACUGUAGAUUGUAUAAAUGUACAUCCUCAAUGUUUACAAACCCUUUCAUUGAAAUGAAGGAUUUUUAACAAGAAAUACUGUUUUGAGGGCUUAAAUUAUUUAGGAAUGUGAUUUCGUGCUGGUGAUUCAGCCAUGAUUUAGUGUGCCUGUUCCUGUCAAAGCUUAUGUAAACACCAACCACUUUCCAUCCUUACGUAUGGAUUACUUUGAUUUAGGAGUGAUACAGUGAAGUAGCCUGGGGGCUGUUUGCAUGCAGUGAGCAUUGUAGCAUGUUGCAUCUGUAACGGAGGUCGCUGCGUCACGCAUGUCAGUGCUCAGCAACUCUGCUGCAGUCGGUGCAGUAGCACUCUGUGCUCCUGAUGUCUUUACCCUGCUGUCUGGAAAAUAAUUUCUAGUGAUCACUUUUGGCCUUUUGUGCAAAUUCUGCUCAGCGUAGUGCUUUCUGUCCCUGGGGUGAGGCUGCUGAUCUGGGACUCCUGCCCAACCAGCAGCAGUCUCCAAAUGAGACCCUUCAUUAGCACCACUGUUUUCACUCUGGUUUGUACUUAAUUAUUAAUGUUAUUUUUACAUGUUUUCAUGUAUGAAUUAUGAUUUCACUGCAAACUGUAGAAUUAAGGUUCUACAGUAAAAUUUGUACAACUGGGGUUGGUCCAAAGCUGUGAAUAAUGUGUAGACUUGUCUUCUACCCAUUCUAUGAAGUAUACUAGGAGCUGUCUUUUUGGUCACCAUGUUGGGUGCUUGUUUCAUGACAGAGUGGAAUGUGGGAGUAAUUAUGCAUUUAUGAAUGGAAAACAAUUUCUGCAUAUUUUGUUAUAUGAUUUUUUAUUGGUUAUGUGUGCAGCUUCGGUAUAGUAGGAGGUCUGUUUUCUGUAUAUUGGUAAUUUUAUUGCUAAGUUGUUGUCAGUCAGUGGAAUAUUUAAAGCUGAUGUGGUAGAGUAACUAUUUUGACUGUCCACCCUCAUCUUUUUCUAUGAAUGCUGGAAGUGAAUUGAGUGAGUAACCUCAAACCCCUGAACCUUCCCCGUAGGGAACAACAUAGCUUUAUUUUGGUUUUAAGAUAUUCUUUGCCUUCACUGUAAGUUUUUUCUUAUAUGUAAAAGACACACCUUUUACCUCUUUCUUUUGUAAUGCAGAGUAUUAUUAUUCUUGAAAACAUCAUUAAAAUAGAUUUUUAAGCA